UUUUUUUUGUUUGAAAUGGAUUUUGAGAGCCAGUAUCGCACAAGUCAGGUAAAUGGCACUAUUUCCAUAACCACGCGUCAGGUCCUUGAUGAGGAUCUGAAAUCCGCGCUGGAGGAGGGAGAGGGUGAGCUCUACUUAACUUGUAUACCCAGGGACCGGCGCAGUUCGCCGGAGAAGAUUGUGCAGCUGGCCAGCGAACUGGGUGAGAUCUACGCCCUGCGCUUCAAGAUCGAUUAUGCGGGUAAUAGUCGCGGUUAUGCCUACCUGCAAUAUAUCAAUCCGCCCCUAAAAGAGGCGGCAAUGGAGUAUCUGCCCAAGCGAUUCCUCCAGAUGAACCUCCCCAUCAAGGUGAUGACAUCCCUGAAUAAACGUGAAUUACUGCUGAACCAGGUGCAGUCGCUCAGGCCAUGGCAGGUUUACCAGGAGAUGCGCAAGAUCUUUCCCUUCGCCAUCCUCCGCGUUUACGAGUACCAAUCCGGCAAGUUCAUCUAUAUCUUCGGUUACCGCAACAAUGACAUGGCUGCGAAUGCCCAUCAGACCAUUAGAAAUACCAUAAGAAGGUUCGGUGCCCGAGCUCACAUAUCCUGGUUAUGUCGGAAGCACUUCCUAAGUGGGCACAAAUUAGACUCACCUUGCUGCCAGAAACUAGAUGAGAACCAUAUGCUGCUCGUCACAAGCACAGACAAAUAUUGUUUCACAAUUUAA